CGCCCCCAACCUCUUAGUCUACUGCACACCGUGCAAGCAAGAACAUGAGAUUAUGAGAGAGUUGUUGGCAGGCCCUCACUCUUUUAAACUGCUAUUUCUAUAGAGUGACAGACAAGAGAAGGUUCAUACAGUACAGAUCUUCAUAAUGGGUAUUGGUGUGGAGUUGUGGAGAGCUCGUAUUGGGUUGUUCAAUGGUGGAAGAGGAGGGCGGCCACGUAAAGCUUCCCUGGCUCACCAGAAGCUACAGUAUGAUGUUACUAUCAUAGUCACAAAGGUGUUGUGGACGCAGUAUUGCACCCUCCAGGCUGACGAUACUACCAGCCAUCGUGAUAAGUGUGUCGUUGAAUCAGUACUAAAUAAUGCAACAGACAAAGCUCCUCCCAGUAACUGUCAUAAAGAUGUGGUUUCUGAAAAGAAAAAAGAAUCAGUGACUUUCACGACUAACCAUAUCCGCAAUAAUUCUUCAAGUAUUUGUAUUGGCCUCACCCUGAUCUUAAUAGGAGCAUUACUUGUCUUCGUCUCUCUUCUCCUGUUAUUGGCCGGGGAUAUAGAGCUAAACCCUGGACCUGGACUGGAUACUGUUCUGACUAUCUCUGACAUACUUGAGGUGUAUGAGAAGGUGAGGAGUGCUAGUCCGAACUGGUUCAACCUGGGACUUGCGUUGAAGCUGAGCUAUACCGACUUAACCAACUUUCAUGAUAAGUAUCGUGGUGACAAUGAUGUGUGUUUGCGUGAGGCCCUAGCUCGUCGACUGCAGUCAGGUGAUCCUCUAACUUGGGGAGGUAUGUGUACUGCUCUCAGGAACUCUACUGUGGCAAGAAAUGAUGUAGCUGAAGCAAUAGAGGGAUCUUAUCAAAGUCUGGAGAGAGUCUCAGAAAGACUUGAGAGAGCUCAAAACAGCACUACACAAACUGACUCGGAGUCAUCCACUGAGUCAUUGGAUGGUGCAAUCAGUGAAGUAGUCUCUAUAUCUCCAAGUAUGGGAGAGUUAGAAGUAGAUUCGAUGGAAAUGGAAACGCUAUUCAACAAAUUUGUGUCACAGCUGUGCCAGUCACUUGAAGUUCGAAGAAUUGAUAAAGACUCUUUGGUUGCUUGCUUGAUGGGGUUUAACUCUAUAAAGAAGGUUUUUGGCAAAACAAAUGAUUGUGUUUUCAGGAAUCAAAGAGAGAAACUUGGGAAAUGUUCAACUGUUGCAGGAAUUUGGUUAAUUAUUGCCGACUAUUUCUCCUUCUUUGACUAUGAAAUGGUUGAUCAGAUUACAGACAUUUUAGGGACAGCCGAGGACAAAGAGAAGAUGAAACUCUACAAAGCCAAUUUUAUGGAGUAUGCUAAACGACGAGUACGUCCAGUGACUGAAAAUAUUAGUUCAGAUUCCAGAGAAGAUACCGUCACUAUGAUUGUAAAACUUGAUUCUACGUACGACGAUUGUGAACUGAAUCGACUAAAGCUAUUCAAACGGAAUCUAUGCUCCAUCUUAAAUUUGAACGAGUCUGUCUUAAAACUUGUUAAAAUCAGUAAAGGUUGUAUCGAGCUAACAUUUCUGUUGCCCUCUUUCAUAACAAGUGACAUUUUCCCACUGUCAACUGAUCAAGAACAUGCUCUGCAUAGUCAGGGGGUCUUACAGCUACAAUGUGGAGAUGUGCAUUAUCAAGCUGAGUGUCGAUCGGAUAAAGGUGAUAACACAUCCAGGUCCAGUUUAGAUUCUGAUGAAGGAUUGGCCAGUACUCUUCAUUCUGAGUACAAAUCUGCUGCUACUGAUUACUUAGAGACGUUCCAAAUGCACCGUUUCUUAGAGGGCCCGACAGUCAACAAAAAAGGAGAGCGUUCUAAUUCUGACUCUGGGAUUGAGAGAAGCAAGAGAGGAGCUCGGACUAUUAAAUCAUAUCUUACUGAGGUAGACACUUUUGGUGCUGGCAAGGAAGAGAUGCUACAAGAUUUUAAUGUAGACUUGAGUGCUCUGAAACUACAAUCUAAUGAACCACCUCCCUCGGUGAAGGUAGCAAGCUUAAAAGUUCAUUCUGCUGCGUUUAAUGGAGAAAGGACUAAACUACGAUUUCUAGUUGAAGUGUUUCGUUGCAGUCCUCUAGCUGUUAAUAGAGAAGGCAACACGGCUCUUCACACUGCAGCAGCUACUGGUGAUUUAAUCAGUUUGAAGUACUUGAUUGAAGAUAGGCUAGUCAAUGCAGCAACUAAAUCUAUCAAUGGUGAAACACCACUGCAUUGUGCUGCUUUGAAUGGACACUUGAACAUUGUGACGUAUCUUGUUGGCACCCAGCAAGUGGACCCACUUGUUCUGGACAACUAUCUAUUUUCACCACUGCAUGAAUCUUGUCGAGGUGGUGACUUAAACACUGUAAAGUACCUAAUGUACGAGAGUCAGCAGCAUCAGCCCGUGGAUGUUAAUGAGCAAACAGCUGGUGGGUGGACAAUGCUUUUUUGUGCUGUUUUCUCUGGGAAUUCUGAGCUGAUUAGUUAUCUUCUCACUGGCAAUCUCCUCCAAGGUGAUACUCCCUCUCAAGGACACUGUGAUGUUAACUGUCAAACUAAGGAAGGUGCUACUGCUCUCUACUGGGCUAGUUAUAAAGGGCAUACCAAGAUAGUGCAGCAACUCAUUGACAGUGGAGCAGAUGUUAAUGGACAUAAUCAAGGUGGUUUCACUCCUCUUAUGAUAGCUUCUCAAGAAGGCUAUCUCAGUGUUGUAGAACUACUGCUGUCUAAGGGAGCUCAACAUAACAGUCAAAAUAAACAAGGUUCUACUGCUCUCCACUCGGCUAGUGGUAAAGGACAUCUCAAGAUAGUGCAGCAACUCAUUGACAGUGGAGCAGGUGUUAAUAUACAGACACAGGAUGGAAUGACUGCUCUCUUGGUAGCCAGCUUCUAUGGACACAAAGAUGUCGCUCAACAUUUGAUGACUGCUGGAGCCAUUGUUGACCUACCAAACACGGACGGAGAGACUGCUCUCUGGGCAGCCAGCUUCAAUGGACACAAAGAUGUCGCUCACCAUUUGAUCACUGCUGGAGCCAUUGUUGACCUACCAGACACAAACGGUACUAACCCUCUUAUGAUAGCUUCUCAAGUAGGCCAUCUCAGUGUUGUGGAACUACUGGUUUCUAAGGGAUCUCAACUCAACAGUCAAAAUAAAAAAGGUGCUACUGCUCUCCACUUGGCUAGUCAUGAAGGACAUCUCAAGAUAGUGCAGCAACUCAUUGACAGUGGAGCAGAUGUUCAUGUACAAGAACAAGAUGGACGGGCUGCUCUCUUAGAAGCCAGCUUUAAUGGACACAAAGAUGUCGCUCGCCAUUUGAUCACUGCUGGAGCCAUUGUUGACCUACCAAUGACGAAUGGUACCACUCCUCUCAUGGUAGCUGCUCAAGAAGGCCAUCUCAGUGUUGUGGAACUACUAGUUUCUAUGGGGGCUCAAGUCAACAAGCAGAACAAUGCCGGAGAGACAGCUUUCUGGGCAGCCAGCUUCAAAGGACGGACAGAUGUUGCUCACCAUUUGAUCACUGCUGGAGCCAUUGUUGACCUACCAAACACGGAUGGAAAGACAGCUCUCUGGAUAGCCAGCUCCAUUGGACUCAAAGAUGUCGCUCACCAUUUGAUCACUGCUGGAGCCAUUGUUGACCUACCAGACAAAAAUGGUACUAACCCUCUUAUGAUAGCUUCUCAAAAAGGCCAUCUCAGUGUUGUGGAACUACUGGUUUCUAAGGGAGCUCAACUCAACAGUCAAAAUAAAGGUGGACAGACUGCUCUCUGGACAGCCAGCUUCAAUGGACACAAAGAUGUCGCUCGCCAUUUGAUCACUGCUGGAGCCAUUGUUGACCUACCAAUGACGAAUGGUACCACUCCUCUCAUGGUAGCUGCUCAAGAAGGCCAUCUCAGUGUUGUGGAACUACUAGUUUCUAUGGGGGCUCAAGUCAACAAGCAGAACAAUGAAUUAGGUGAUACUGCUCUCCUCUGGGCUAGUGAUAAAGGACAUACCAAGAUAGUGCAGCAACUCAUUGACAGUGGAGCAGAUGUUAAUGGACAAAAUCAAAAUGGUGUUAACCCUCUUAUGAUAGCUACUCUAGAAGGCCAUCUCAGUGUUGUGGAACUACUUGUUUCUAAGGGAGCUCAACUCAACAGUCAAACUAAAAAUGAUGUCACUCCUCUAAUGGUAGCUGCUUAUAAAGGUCAUCUCAGUGCUGUGGAACUACUGGUUUCUUUGGGGGCUGAAGUCAACCGUCAGAACAAUGUGAAUGGUUUCACUCCUCUCAUGGCAGCUGCUCAAAACGGCCAUCUCAGUAUUGUGGAACUACUGGUUUCUGAAGGGGCUCAAGUCAACAGUCAGGACAAUGGUGGUUUCACUCCUCUUAUGAUAGCUUCUCAAGAAGGCUAUCUCAGUGUUGUAGAACUACUGCUGUCUAAGGGAGCUCAACAUAACAGUCAAAAUAAACAAGGUUCUACUGCUCUCCACUCGGCUAGUGGUAAAGGACAUCUCAAGAUAGUGCAGCAACUCAUUGACAGUGGAGCAGGUGUUAAUAUACAGACACAGGAUGGAAUGACUGCUCUCUUGGUAGCCAGCUUCUAUGGACACAAAGAUGUCGCUCAACAUUUGAUGACUGCUGGAGCCAUUGUUGACCUACCAAACACGGACGGAGAGACUGCUCUCUGGGCAGCCAGCUUCAAUGGACACAAAGAUGUCGCUCACCAUUUGAUCACUGCUAGAGCCAUUGUUGACCUACCAGACACAAACGGUACUAACCCUCUUAUGAUAGCUUCUCAAGUAGGCCAUCUCAGUGUUGUGGAACUACUGGUUUCUAAGGGAUCUCAACUCAACAGUCAAAAUAAAAAAGGUGCUACUGCUCUCCACUUGGCUAGUCAUGAAGGACAUCUCAAGAUAGUGCAGCAACUCAUUGACAGUGGAGCAGAUGUUCAUGUACAAGAACAAGAUGGACGGGCUGCUCUCUUAGAAGCCAGCUUUAAUGGACACAAAGAUGUCGCUCGCCAUUUGAUCACUGCUGGAGCCAUUGUUGACCUACCAAUGACGAAUGGUACCACUCCUCUCAUGGUAGCUGCUCAAGAAGGCCAUCUCAGUGUUGUGGAACUACUAGUUUCUAUGGGGGCUCAAGUCAACAAGCAGAACAAUGCCGGAGAGACAGCUUUCUGGGCAGCCAGCUUCAAAGGACGGACAGAUGUUGCUCACCAUUUGAUCACUGCUGGAGCCAUUGUUGACCUACCAAACACGGAUGGAAAGACAGCUCUCUGGAUAGCCAGCUCCAUUGGACUCAAAGAUGUCGCUCACCAUUUGAUCACUGCUGGAGCCAUUGUUGACCUACCAGACAAAAAUGGUACUAACCCUCUUAUGAUAGCUUCUCAAAAAGGCCAUCUCAGUGUUGUGGAACUACUGGUUUCUAAGGGAGCUCAACUCAACAGUCAAAAUAAAGACGGAGAGACUGCUCUCUGGGCAGCCAGCUUCAAUGGACACAAAGAUGUCGCUCACCAUUUGAUCACUGCUGGAGCCAUUGUUGACCUACCAAAGACGAAUGGUUUCACUCCUCUCAUGGUAGCUGCUCAAGAAGGCCAUCUCAGUGUUGUGGAACUACUGGUUUCUGUGAGGGCUCAAGUCAACAGCCAGAAUAAAAAAGGUUCUACUGCUCUCUACUUGGCUAGUGGUAAAGGACAUCUCAAGAUAGUGCAGCAACUUAUUGACAGUGGAGCAGGUGUUAAUAUACGGAAACAGGAUGGAAAGACUGCUCUCUGGUUAUCCAGCUUCGAGGGACACAAAGAUGUCGCUCACCAUUUAAUUACUGCUGGAGCCAUUGUUGACCUACCAAACACAAAUGGCACUAACCCUCUUAUGAAAGCUUCUCAAAAAGGUCAUCUCAGUGUUGUGGAACUACUGGUUUCUAAGGGGGCUCAGGUGAACAGUCAGAACAAUGAUGGAGAGACUGCUUUCUCGAUAGCCAGCUUCAAUGGACACAAAGAUGUCGCUCUCUAUUUGGUAACUGGUGGGGCCAUUACUUACCUACCAGAGACGGAUGAUGUCACUAGUACUUCCCUCAUGGCAGCUGCUCAAGAAGGCCAUCUCAGUGUUGUGGAACUACUUCUUUCUGUGGGUGCUCUAGUCAACAGUCAGAAUAAUGAGGGUCACAUCCUUCUUAUGGCAGCUGCUCAAGAAGGCCAUCUCAGUGUUGUAGAACUGCUGGUUUCUUUUGGGGCUCAAGUUAACAGUCAAAACAAUGGUGGUUUCACUCCUCUCAUGGCAGCUGCUCAAGAAGGUCAUCUCAGUAUUGUGGAACUACUGGUUUCUGAGGGGGCUCAAGUCAACAGUCAGAAUAAAGACGGAGAGACAGCUUUCUGGGCAGCCAGCUUCAAUGGACAGACAGAUGUUGCUCACCAUUUGAUCGCUGCUGGAGCCAUUGUUGACCUACCAAACACGAAUGGUACCACUCCUCUCAUGGCAGCUGCUCAAGAAGGCCAUCUCAGUGUUGUGUUGGCUCUGGUUUUUGUGGGGGCGCAAGUCAACAGUCAGGACAAUGAAGGUGCUACUGCUCUCUACUGUGCUAGUCGUAAAGGACAUCUCAAGAUAGUGCAACAACUCAUUGACAGUGGAGCAGAUGUUCAUGUACAAGAACAAGACGGAGAGACUGCUCUCUGGACAGCCAGCUUCAAGGGACACAAAGAUGUCGCUCACCAUUUGAUCACUGCUGGAGCCAUUGUUGACCUGCCAAACACAUAUGGCUUCACUCCUCUCGAGAUAGCUUCUCAAGAAGGCCAUCUAAGUGUUGUAGAACUACUGGUUUCUGUAGGGGCUCAAGUCAACUGUCAGGACAAUGUUGGAGGUACUCCAUUGAUGUACGCUACAAUGAACGAUCACUCCUCCAUUGUUGAGCUACUCCUCUCAAAGGGAGCUGAUCAAUCUCAAAUAUGAGGACGGGGUACAGUAUAUGCUGUGUUGAGCUGAAAAUGGGCACAUGUUUCAAUUGUAGAAUUUUUAUUAUUGUGUUGUGCUGUUAAUUUUACCACUUUUUUGUCCAUGCACAUGUACGUUCGCGUGGUCACUUGUAUUAUAGUUAUUGUUUUAGACUUAAUUACUGUGCACGUGGUUAUAAUUAGUUGUUUAGUUACCAUGGUUUUUGUUAAGGAAUGUUUAUUAGUCUUUAGAGUUUCCUGGAGCAGAGUCUCCCUCAAAAGUUUUUGUUCUGAAGUUAUAGUUAUUUGUUGUAAACUAGUACUAGACUAUACCCUGCAUGCAUGGUCAGUUUUGUCAGUUGUUCUCUAUUGUUGUAUAAAGUUCUAUAUAUCAG